AUGUAUAAUUUCCCGUAUAUAUUAGUAUUCUUAUUACUUCACAAAGGUGUUCACUCCCUUUUUUUCCUAGUUCAACAGGGCGGUGAGCGUUGUUUCUUCGAACAUGUUCCCGAAAAGGCCCUUUUGUCGGUUUCAUACGAACUGAUAUCAGACGAAGGCAAAGACUGUGUUUUAUCCAUCUCCGACAACCAGAGGCAGGUGUUAAAGAACCUUAGACUGGACGAGAAUUUGGCCCACAAGAGAUUGUCCUUCGUUUCCCAUAGAACCGACGAUUACAACAUCUGUGUGCACUGUCCAGGCAGGGCCUGGUACAUGAACCAGUCCUGCAAGAUUUCGCUGAACUUUGAGAUUGCGGAUCUGGGCGCCGACUCAGGGGACGUGUUGCAGUACGACGUCAAUUACGAGACCACCGCCAAGAAGAAGCAGGUUGAGGACCUCACCAGUCACCUGAACCACUUCAUUGCUUCCGCAAACGUUAUUCAGGAGUACCAAAUUUCCGAGAAUCGCAACUCCACCAAGCUCUACGAGGUCUACAAGUCCAUGAACAACUGGAUCCUGGUGUUUUACAUGAUCGAGGUGCUCAUCGUGAUUUUGACCUCGCUCUUUUCAAUAUACCAUAUAACUCGCUUCUUUAAAACUCAAUGUAUUAUUUAA